UAUUAAUAACAGAAAGAAAUUUAGGACCAGGAGCAUAAAUUAACAUAAAAUACUAAUAUUAUUGAUAUGGUGAGAAGGGAAAGUUCCAAUUGUAUUGGCGGAAAAAAAAUAUUCUCCGUCUAAGUUUCUAACAAUGUUAGAAGCUUAACUUGCAUCGAAGGGGGGAUUGAAAACUGACGAAGAAACAGAGGCGAAGAAGAAGGAAUUGGGAGAUUGGAAUUUCUUUUUUCUUUCAAUCUAAUCAUGGAAAGAGUUGUCCUCCAUGAUUGGAAUGUUGUGAACAGAAAUAGAAGUUUUGAAUGCAGACGGAGCAAAAUCUGCUGAAAUUUCUCAAACUGACAGUUGUUGGUUCUUCGUCGGUUGCGGAUUGCGGUCUCAAUUUCGAGCUGGCUGAUAUCCACCCUCCAAAACACACACAUUCAGAAACCCCCUUUUUCUCCCUUUUCUGGUACGCUCUUUCACUGUGAAAUUUCACCACCCAAAUGUGUAAAAAGGGUUAUGGGAUGAAGGAUGAUCACAAUUGGCCUUCGAAUCCCCAAAAGCCUUUUUCUCUUUUCGUUUUAAAGCCAUGGAAAGAGAGAGAAACAGCGUUUGUUUUUGUGUUCACCGUGUUUCACUACGUGUCUCCCUCAUUUCUAUGCUCGCCCAUGUGUCUCUCGAGCGAAAUGCUGUGUGCUUAGACACCUGGUUUCUCUUCACUCCGUCUCUCUUUCCUUUUGUUUAGAUUCGCUUUGUUUCUUCCUUGUGCAUCCGUUCUAUCAGUUUUGUGAAAAGAUUUCGUUGAAUUAGUUCUUGGAAAACUUCAUUUGAGCCAAAGCAUGUUCCCGUUUGUGCAAAACCAUAGCGCUUUUUUGGGUAUUCGAUCAAUUGAUUAAGAUUACUAUUUCCAUUUUACCAUGUCGGUUUAGUCCCAAACGGUCUUGUGAUUGGGACCCAUUUGGCUACUGGGUUCUUGUAACAGAGUUUUUCUCUUCUUGAUCGUUCUUACAUAUCCCCAGUUGAGUAUUCGAGAAUUUUGUUUCCAUACGGCGCAGUAUUCUCAAUCUUUUGGUGCUCCUGGGUGUCGUGUAGACUGUGAGGGAGCGCGGAAAUGAAAGUUCAUCCGGAGGAACAAAAUGUGUUUGAGGUAUGUUUGGUGGUUCCGAAAAGGAAAGCGAAGAAAGAAGAUGCCACUUGUGACUGUGUGGAGGUGCUUGAAAAUGCGUUUCUGAAGGUGGGUUUUAUGAUUGAGAGGAUUGAUGGCGUCACUGACGAGUUCAUGAAGUUGGCAGCUCCUCUGAAGUUAUUAGGAAAGGCUGCUGCACGCCUAGAAAUGAAGAAGAGGACUCAUAUUGGCAUGGAUUUGCUUUUUGAAUUGGACGAGGUUGAUGCUUUUGUGAGACAGCCUGAUGGUUCGCUCUUCAGUUGGUGUGAGCGGUUUCGUUGCUAUCAUCACUUGAUAUACGGGAUUGUAAAUGAGAACCAGUCAGCUGUUACUCUUAAAUGUGAUGAAGAAGAAUUUCAGUGGAAGGUUGGGGAGAGUUUAGUCCGUACAUUGGAAUCCAAGAAAAUUGUUAAACAAAUAUUUCCUCUGCAUGAUGAAAUAAGGAGGAAGAAACUUCUUGGAAAUUGGGCACUUAACUGGUGGGACUUCACUGGACAGCCUAUUGACGAGGUUUAUUCAUAUUUUGGUCCAAAGAUUGCACUCUACUUUGCAUUCCUUGGAAUGUAUACACGAUGGAUGCUAUUUCCAGCUGCACUUGGGCUUAUACUGCAGCUAGUUGAAUUUGGGUCCAUGCGAUUACUGGUCCUCCCCAUUUUCUUUAUAAGCAUUAUUUUAUGGGCUAUCAUGUUUUCUCAAUUCUGGAGACGGAAAAACUCUGCUCUUAUAGCCAGAUGGCAGAUCAAUUAUACAUUUGGAGGUGAUCCAGCUUGUAGACUUUCAGGCGUGGAUAGCUCCCUACAGAUACCUGUAGAGCUCAUUGAAGACCAGGAAAUGGAUAAGAGAAAAGAGAAGGAAGCGUUUCAAAGAAUUGAGUGGUUUGGUCGCCUUAGGCGAUUCAGAAAUGAUGCAAUUGUCAUCUUGAGCAUUAUAUGCCUCCAGUUGCCAUUUGAGUUGGCAUAUGCUCAUUGUUAUGAGGUCAUUCAGUCAGAUGCUAUCAAGUUUGGGUUGACUGUCUUGUACCUUUUUGCAAUUCAAUAUUUUACGCGGUUGGGAGCUAAGAUGUCCAUGAAGCUCAUUAACUGUGAAAACUAUGAAAACAAUGAAAAAAGGGCUGAUAGUUUGGUCUACAAGAUUUUUGGACUUUACUUUAUGCAAUCCUAUAUUGGAGUCUUCUACCAUGCCCUUUUGCACCGUAACUUUGCCACACUUCGUCAAGUUUUAAUACAGCGCCUCCUUAUAUCUGAGGUAUUGGAAAACUUGUUGGAAAAUUCUUUACCCUAUCUCAAGUACAGCUAUAGAAAAUACAAAGUUCGGAGCAAGAAAAGACGUGAAAAAGGAUCAUCACAAGGGAAGAUCCAAUUCACUUCUCGGGCAGAGAAAGAAUAUCUGAAGCCUUCUUAUUCUGCGAGCAUUGGUGUUGAGCUAGAAGAUGGGCUCUUUGAUGAUUGUUUGGAGCUAGCAUUGCAGUUUGGAAUGAUAAUGAUGUUUGCCUGUGCAUUUCCUCUUGCCUUUGCAUUUGCUGCAUUGAACAACAUCACAGAAAUAAGAACAGAUGCUUUGAAACUUCUAGCUAUGUACAAAAGACCCUUUCCCCGUGCAGCAACAACAAUUGGUGCUUGGCUCAACAUUUUUCAGAAGUGUAGAGCCCUUGAAGUAGUUUUGGGAUCAACUUUAUUUAAGCUUAAGAACACACUAAAGAUCUCACAGAAAACUCAGUAACUCUGAAGUAUGGAAAUAUGCUAUAAUAUCACUCGCAAAGGCUAGACUCUUCCAAAUUCCCGAUGAAAAAUCUCACAAAAUUCUUCACGCUCCUCCUAACUUCACUCUCCUAUUUGUAAAUAAAAGAUAAGUUAUCACCAACUUACUAGUUAUUUAUGAAUUUGCCCAUUCUAAUAACCAUACUAUAUUAUCCUAAUAACCCAACUUUAUCUCUAUUUAGGUCUCUUACAGACUAAUAUGAUUCAUGCAUUGAAUUUGCUCUUAAAUCUUAACUGUGUUAAGAAAACCUAAUAUAUUGGAAGGCGGUCAUAACAUCUCUAAAGAGGACCAACUCGUUAAGUAGCAUCAAAAGUAUUGCUUUCCUGUUCAUGGAAUUUUAUUUUUCUUUCUUAACAAUUUUUUUUAUAUAUAAAAAUUAAAUUAAAUUAAAAAUCUCUCUAUGUUGG